AUGCCCCUCGACGACUACACCUCCGCCGUCGGCGGUGGCCUCAAGCUCAAGGGCGCCAAAAUCGCCAAACCGAAAAAGAAGAAGAGGAGAGACAAGACGGACCUCGAAAAGAACCUCGAGACGGGCGGCGACGAUAACGGCAGCGGGAGUACCGCGCUCGUCAAGCGCCGCGAUGACUCUGCCGGCGAUGAAGACGACGAAAAGAAGAAGAGCAGCAGCAGGAAGAGCAAAUCGCAAAAGAGAGGGGGCGAGGACCCCGAAGAGGACCGAGACCAAGACGACGAUGACGGCGAAGGCAGCGGCCGGGUUGUGCAAAAGACGGAGGCGGAGAGGCGGUAUGAGGAGAGGAAGCGUAAGAGGCUCCUCGAACUCGCGGAAUCAUCCAGUUCCCGACCAGAGCUGCUCAAGACGCACAAGGAACGCGUAGAGGAGCUGAAUACGUAUCUGUCCAAGCUGAGCGAGCAUCACGACAUGCCCAAGAUUGGACCCGGUUAA